AUGGAAGAGGAUGUGUAUGCCUCGCUAGGUGCCUACAAUGACAGCGGUGGCGACGAUUGGAGCAGCUCGGAGCACCUGGUCCUGUGGGAGGAGGAUGAGGCGCAGCGACCGGCUGCUAAUGCCACCAGUCGGCAUAAUCAACUGCAGGUGGCCAGGUGGAAUGCCACCGGCAAUGCGACCAUCAGUGCGACCUUCGAGGACGUACCCUUCGAUGCGAACAACUACUGGGCCCUAUUGGCCCUAGUCCUCGUCCUGGGAACGGCGGCCGGGAACAUCCUUGUCUGCCUGGCCAUCGCCUGGGAGCGCCGGCUGCAGAAUGUGACCAACUACUUCCUCAUGUCGCUGGCCAUCACCGAUCUGAUGGUAGCCGUGCUGGUGAUGCCGCUGGGCAUCCUUACGCUGGUGAAAGGCUACUUUCCUUUGGGCUCGGAACACUGCCUCACCUGGAUCUGCCUGGAUGUCCUAUUCUGCACGGCCAGCAUCAUGCACCUGUGCACCAUAUCCGUGGACAGAUAUUUAUCGCUGCGAUACCCAAUGCGAUUUGGCCGGAAUAAAACACGUCGGCGGGUCACUCUCAAAAUUGUUUUCGUUUGGCUGCUGAGCAUCGCCAUGAGCCUGCCCUUGAGCUUGAUGUACUCCAAGAAUCACGCCUCGGUGCUGGUGAAUGGAACUUGCCAGAUACCGGAUCCGGUGUACAAGCUGGUCGGCUCCAUUGUGUGCUUCUACAUUCCGCUGGGCGUGAUGCUGCUGACAUAUUGCCUGACCGUCCGCCUUUUGGCCCGGCAGCGACAGAAUCUGGGUGGUGGGCAACAGACGGCGGCGGCCACUCCCGGAUGGGCCAGUGGAUGGCUCGGCCAGGCACCGGCCUUGGAACGACGCUGCACCUGGCGGCGCCUUUUGAAACCGGGUCCGGGUAACGCCUCCUCGGUGCUGCACGCCCACUCGGCCAAUUCAACGGAUACGGAUCUCAGCACUUUGGACAACCACGAGCUCUGGCUGCCCGAUUCCAGCAUAAAGGAGCCAACGCCCACGACCAUGACGGCCUUGCAUCAGUUCGGUGCCGAGAUGCUGAAGCUAUCCCGUGGCCUGGAGUCGGUGGCCUCGUCAUCCACCACCGGCUCACCAACCAAAUCCGAAUUUUCCCUAUCGAACCACCUGCAGCUGCAGUACCCCAGCAGCCCACAGCGAUAUGCCGCCAGCCACCAGCAGUCGCACCACCACAACCACCAGCAGCAUCCGGCCGGAGUUUACCACCAGCAGGCAUCACCCAAAGGUCGCCACGGAACCACAGUCCUGGGGCUGUCCACCACCACGCUGGGCAUCGAGCGGGAGAGCACUCGGAAUUCCCUGGCCAGCAGUCGCAUGGGCGGCGAACAGAGCGAUGGGACUCUUUCACAGCUUUCCCAACGAUUGCGAGCGUAUAAGAAGCGACGAAGAGCUUCGUCAGCUGUUCCAGGACGUGACCAACGUGCCGGACAUGAGGACGCAGACGAGGAUGUGGACACGCCCACGUCAACGCUGCGCCGUCACAAGCGCCAUAAUAGCCUGCCCAAGAACGCACUCUAUCCGCGACACACCACUGUACAGGAGAGCCUCGAUGACGACGACGACGAGGAGGAGGAGAGCGCGCAACAGAAGGAUCAGCAGCAGACGAAGUCGAAGAUCUGCCACUCGGACACUGAGCUAGAUCCUCCGCAGAAGGCGAAGCAGUGCCACAUAGCCGGACAAAAUCACCAGUCGGACUACCUGCAGCUGCCCUCCGUUUGCACCUGCCCGUAUUUCGGGGACAGACCGCUCCAGAAUUGUGUGAAAUCGGCGGAGGUGAAGAUUAUUUCGUCCGCCUUCCGGGUGACCACCACCACGACGGCGGUGAGCAGUUCGCCCAGCGAGAUGGAGCUACUCAUGUGCAGCAGUGGCAAUAAGAAGUCACUGACCUCCAGUGUAAGUGCCGGCAUGACGGGUGGACCGGCAGGAACAGCUACGGCCACAGUUGGCUCCACCCUCAGUCCACACUCUGCUCACAAUCAGGGCAGCUCCCUGACUGUUCAGAGCGAUGGAAGUGGGUACUUGGCUGCUCCGGGAACUCCUUGUCCUGGCCGACGAAAGCUGAGCAUCUCAAAGACCGCCUCGGUGGUCACGUGGGAUUCCAGUCGUCAUCGCCGGCGGGGCAGCAGUUUUGGCGGAGUUCGAACAUCCCUGCUGCUAACGCCCACCAAAACAGCGACCACCUCCAACUCAUCCACACCCUUGAGAAGAUCGGCCACCCUGAGAAGUCACCAGAACAUGAACUAUCAGGGAGCGGGCGAAUGUGGGGGCAAGACCAGGACGACCACAUCCUCGCCCUGCAUGUUGCAGCGUCAGCAGACGGUGCGAUCUCAUCACUCGCGCAACUCCAGCGUGAUCUCCAGGAACUCCUCGCGCCACGGCAGGAUCAUCCGGCUGGAGCAGAAGGCCACCAAGGUGCUGGGAGUGGUGUUCUUUACGUUCGUGAUCCUCUGGUCGCCAUUCUUCGUCCUCAAUCUCCUGCCCACGGUGUGCGCGGAGUGCGAGGAACGAAUCAGCCACUGGGUCUUCGAUGUGGUCACCUGGCUGGGCUACGCUAGCUCCAUGGUGAACCCCAUCUUCUACACCAUCUUCAACAAGGUGUUCCGGCAGGCGUUCAAGAAGGUCCUGCUGUGCCGCUACUCCAGCACGAGUGCCUGGCGACCGAGCAGAUAGCAGACGCCCGUUAAACCGGGCAAACUCAAGACGAAUACCCACAAGUGCGCCAGUGUGGAUUUUCAGGAUUCCACUGCUCCGGUGCGUGGCGUUCUGAAAAGAAGUGUGGCAGUGGCAAGUGACAUAUAAAUACGGCAAAAGGCCGGUCAUUUCGCCCUGCGGUCCACCGCACAACGUGUCGUAUACGCAAUCUCGGAGGGACGAUAAUGCCCACCCCGCACUCCGCACCACUCACACGUGUGUCCUUGGGGCUUAAAUGCUUAUGUGCCUCUAAUUAAUUUCAAAUUCAAUUUGCAUGCCAUUGAAAACACAUGUCCCAGGCGUAAGAAGUGGAGCCGAGUGAAUUAGAUAUUGAAGUGGAGUCGGAUCCCCGCAGGAUUGCCAAGGGUCGGGGAUUAAGCUGGCCACAGACAACAGCAUAACGAGCAUGCUACUUGCCCCUGGUGGUUCCUUUGCGAAACCCCCUCCUUUUCCCUCAGCCCUCAGCACUCAGCAAACGGUGAGGAUGCAAUUAAUUGCGGAAUGUUUGCUUUCGAACAACGUAAUACCGGCAAGCACAUUUACUUUAUAGCAACGCUCUUCAGUUAUCGACAAAGU